CGACAGUUGAGGCUUGCGUCCCAGAUCUCCAUUUACACCAAACUCAUUCAAUCAUUUCUUCCUCCAGACGCUGCGUUUCGAUCGGAUAUCUGGACUCUGAGAUCAAGCUGUGGAACUAUUGCAGACAUUACUUUUGGUGUGAAAAUGAAUUUUUUGAUGCGACCUUCCCAUACUGCACAUGUAGACAAGCGACCUGUUCAUGAAAUUUCGAAGGGUGCACAACAUGUGACAGAACCUGCAUCAACUUUGGAGGGUCUUAUUGCUGAAGAAUCAUUUUCAAAUAAUUAUAUGGAUGAGGUUAAAGAUGAAGUUGGAGGUGAAAAUGGCAGUUUUGCCGGUCUAAGUUCAAAAAGAGACUCUCCUGUCCAGGACAACAUCUCAGAUGUUACUGAAGAAGAAGGAUGGAUAUCUAUUCCAUACAAGGGGCUUCCUGAUAAUUGGAGAGAUGCACCAGACAUAUGUUCCUUUCGCUCUCUAGAUCGCCCCUUUGUUUUUCCUGGUGAACAAGUUCAUAUACUGGCAUGCCUGUCAUCCUCUAAGCAGGAGACAGAAAUUAUAACUCCAUUUAAGGUUGCUGCCAUGAUGAGUAAAAAUGGAAUAGGGCAAAGCACAAAGAACCAUAGUGGAGAGAUUGGAGAUGCAAGCAAUUCGAUAUUAGGAAAACUGGAAGUGAAUCCUGUUGGUGAAGCUACUUAUCGGAAUGGUGAAAACCUGUUAAAAGAGAAGCUUGAUUCUCAAAAGGAUAUUUCUGCUAGUGAAUCUCUUCUUAGAAUGGAAGAUCACAAAAGACAAACUGAAAUACUCUUGCAAAAAUUUAAGUCGUCUCAUUUUUUUGUUCGGAUUGCUGAGUCAGGUGAGCCUCUCUGGUCAAAGAAAGGUGCUUCAGAAACAUCUCUACAAUUUUCUGGAGUGGCUGCUCCGAAGUCUACUGUGACAAAAACCAGAAAGACUGCAAAAGGCAUGACUCCUCUCUCAGCUGUUAUUGAUAGAGGAAAUUUUAAUGCCAGUGUCUCUGGUGGAGUGGCAAGAAAUAUUGUUGAUUGUUGCUCUCUUUCUAAUGGAGAUGUAGUGGUACUUUUACAAGUGAAUGUUGCUGUUGAUUUUUUGAAAGAUCCUGUCCUUGAGAUUCUUCAAUUUGAGAAAUUUAAUAAUAGAAAAUUUUCUUCUGAGAACCAAGACAGCUUAGUCCAUGCAAACCAGGAUCCAUGUGGAGACCUAUUAAAAUGGUUGCUUCCUUUGGAUAAUACUCUUCCCCCUCCCACCUGUGCAUUAUCUCCUCCUUUGAGUUCCGGUUCUGGCAUUGGUAACACAUCUCAAAGAUCCACUCCUGCAUCAUCUGGCUCUCAACUCUUCUCUUUUGGCCACUUUAGAAGUUACUCCAUGUCAGCACUUCCUCAAAAUACUACAUCAGCACCUCCACCCAUUGCAAAUCCAAGCACUAAACCAAACUUUGAACUUGAGGAUUGGGAUCGGUUCUCACCUCAGAAGUUUGUGAAGAGCGAAAAAACUGGAAGUGAAGAGCUUCUUUCUUUUCGAGGUGUAUCACUGGAGCCAGAAAGGUUUUCUGUUUGUUGUGGGUUGGAAGGCAUCUAUAUACCGGGAAGAAGGUGGAGGAGGAAACUUGAAAUUAUUCAACCUGUAGAGAUCCAUUCUUUUGCUGCAGACUGCAACACAGAUGACCUUCUAUGUGUUCAGAUAAAGAAUGUUUCUCCAGCACAUAUUCCUGAUAUUGUGGUAUACUUAGAUGCCAUAACAGUUGUUUUUGAGGAGGCUUCAGUAGGUGGAUCACCUCGUUCAUUACCGAUGGCAUGUAUAGAAGCUGGAAAUGACCACUGUUUGCCAAAUCUAGCCCUCAGGAGAGGUGAAGAACACUCUUUUAUUCUCAAACCAGCAACUUCAACAUGGAAGCUUCUUAUGGCUCCGGGCCAGAGUUCUCAAUCAGCACAUUUACCUGCUGGAAAUGCAGCCAUUGAAGGGAAAAGGAGCACACUAACUUCUGAUCAGUAUGCCGUUUUGGUCUCAUGUCGGUGCAACUACACUGAAUCGAGAUUAUUUUUCAAGCAGCCAACAAGCUGGCGACCACGCAUCUCAAGGGAUCUUAUGAUUUCUGUUGCAUCUGAAAUGUCAAGACAACCUCUUGGAUCCAAUGGAAGAGUCUCUGAAUUUCCUGUUCAGGUGUUAACACUUCAGGCUUCAAAUUUAACACCCGAGGAUCUAACCUUAACAGUUCUUGCUCCAGCAUCAUUUACUUCACCUCCUUCAUUGAUGACCUUGAAUUCUGCACCAUCUUCUCCAAUGAGCCCAUGUCUUGGGUUUUCUGAGUUUUGUGGAAAAAUAGGUGGUGAGAGACAAGCUACUGCACUGCCAAGGCUGAGUUCGGCACCUGUGCCAUUGGAGAAUCAGAAAGCGAAUGGUGAUACUGGAGCUCUUUCUGUUUCUUCUAAUGAGAAAGCUGUUCCUAUAUCCGAUGUCAUUCCAAAUACUGGUUUGGGUUGUACGCAUCUAUGGCUGCAGAGUAGAGUUCCAUUAGGAUCUGUUCCUUCUCAAUCUACUGCUACCAUCAAACUCGAGCUGCUUCCAUUAACGGAUGGCAUAAUCACACUUGAUACUUUGCAGAUUGAUGUUAAGGAGAAAGGUCAUACUUAUAUCCCUGAGCACUCUCUGAAGAUCAAUGCAACUUCCAGCAUUUCGACUGGGAUUGUUUAGAAUGGAUUGGUUCCAAUUCAUGUUUCUUACCAAACUUUCUCUUCAAAUUGGGAAACAUUCCAACCGUUGACUCAUCCUGUUGCAAGCACCGGCUGUUCCAUCGCUCCGUUCAGGUGAGUAGCACCACCAAGGUAUUUGUUCUUUCUUCAAUGGUGUGGGAAUUUUCAUGUCAUUUUGUUUAUAAAAUACAGUCUUAGGUUUCAUACUGUAAACCAAUAUUUGAAAAUAUCAUUUGUUAUAGAACCUUCAAUGGAAUGAAUGAAAAUUUAUACUUAUCUCUA